CCUCCUGACCCCUAACCGGGCUCCCCCGGCACCUCCUGACCCCUAACCGGGCUCCCCCGGCACCUCCUGUCCCCAGCCUGCUCCGCCCAGACCGGGCUCGCCCUGCAUCCCCUCUCCUCAGCCUGCUGCCCCUACUUUAGACCUUAGUGCCCCGCCUCUACGCUCCGCUGCCCCCCAAUUUGGCUCCGCCCCCCAGUGGCGCUGCUACCCCUCCCCCCAGCUUGGCUGCCCCGCCCCCCUGCCCCGGGCGCUGCUGCCGGGGAGCGACCUGAGCGGAGCUGCCGGCGGCCGGGACUGAGCUGGGCUCCCUGCAGCGGAUCGGGACGGCCCCCAGCUCUGCCCCCCGCGACAGCGCCCGCUGCCCGCCAUGGACGGGGCGGCUUGGAGCGGGGUCCUGGCCGCGUUGGUGGCUUGCUGGUUGGCGGUGGGCGCCGGGAGUUCCCCGACGCCGCCGCCACCACCCGCGGGGGGCGCCCCCCAGGACACCUGCACGUCCUGCGGCUUCCGGCGGCCCGAGGAGCCGGGCAAGGUGGACGGGGAUUUCCUGGAGGCGGUGAAGCGGCACAUCCUGAGCCGGCUGCAGCUGCGGGACCGGCCCAACAUCACCCACGCCGUGCCCAAGGCGGCCAUGGUCACGGCGCUGCGCAAGCUGCAUGCCGGCAGGGUGCGGGAGGACGGCCGGGUGGAGAUCCCCAGCCUGGACGGGCAGGCGAGCGGCGGUCCCCCGCUGCACGAGCAAGUGUCCGAGAUCAUCAGCUUCGCCGAGACAG